AUGCCGUCCUCAAGCCCAGCGCCGCACAAGCCUCGGCGGAAGCCCAAGAACUCCGACAAUGACAUCGACAAGCCUGUGCGGGUGCGAUCCGAGGCCCUCGUGCGCACGCCGUCGUUCCCUCUGGCAGCCUUUCUGUGGCCGGCGCGCACGUCCUCGUCCCAAUGGGAGGUGCUGCCGCUGAUACUGAUGGUGGUAGGGCUGUUUCGAUGGGCGGCCGGGCUCUGGGGAUACUCUGGAUUCCAACGACCGCCCUUGUUUGGCGACUACGAGGCCCAGCGCCAUUGGAUGGAGAUCACCGCGCAUCUUCCGAUAUCUCAAUGGUAUUUCCACGAUCUGGAGUGGUGGGGGCUCGACUAUCCUCCUCUCACGGCGUAUCAUAGCUGGGCCCUGGGCAAGAUUGGAGGCUGGAUCAACCCGGAGUGGUUUGCCUUGGUGUCCUCGCGCGGCUCCCACGAUCCAACGCUCAAGAUCUUUAUGAGAGCGACAGUCAUUGUCUCCGAGUUCCUCAUCUUCGUCCCUGCCACCACUGUCUUUGUGCGACGAUUCAGCCGGCUCAAUGGGGUGAAUAAUUGGACGAGCAACCUGGCCCUUGUGGCUAUUCUCAUGCAGCCAGCGACUAUUCUCAUCGACCACGUUCACUUCCAGUACAACACUGUUAUGCUUGGCUUCGUCGUGGCUAGCAUGUCGAGUAUGCUCGCCGAGAGGUACAUGUGGGCAGCCGUCUUCUUUGUGGCCGCCCUUGGGUUUAAACAGAUGGCGCUCUACUACGCCUUUAGUGUCUUUUCGUAUCUUCUGGGAAGAUGCAUCACCCCCGGCAUCAACCCCAGCAGGUUAUUUGGCAUCGCUUUAGUCACCAUCAUCUCUUUCGGUGUGCUAGUUCUGCCCCUAGCUCUUGGCGUGCUCUACGACAAGCAUCGCGGCAUUGAUGCUAUGCCCGAGCUUAAGGGGGCUGCGGCACCACUUCCCAUUUUCUCAUUCAUCACCAAUUAUAUCGAUACUCAACAUUUUUACUACCCAAUUGUUGAGCAGCUAGUCCAGAUGGUUCAUCGCGUCUUUCCCUUUUCCCGUGGCCUUUUCGAAGACAAAGUCGCAAACUUUUGGUGCGCGCUCAACGCCGUCAUCAAGCUGCGCAAUUUCCCCGUGGAACUCCUCCAGAAAGCCGCACUCGGGAUGACUCUUCUUUCCAUAAUCCCUCCCAACAUUGUGCUGUUCCUACGCCCGCGAAAAUCGGCUCUUCCGCUGGCUUUUGCAGCCACCGCAUGGGGUUUCUUUCUCUUCAGCUGGCAGGUCCACGAGAAGAGCGUCCUUCUGCCCUUGAUGCCGAUGACGCUACUGCUAGCCGGCAAACAAGGGAUGAGCGGCGAAGUCCGUGCUUGGGUGGGCUUUGCCAACCUUCUUGGAGCUUGGACAAUGUUCCCUUUGUUACACCGAGUCGACCUAAGGGUGCCUUAUACAGCCCUCACUCUCCUCUGGGCAUACCUUUUAGGCCUCCCUCCGACGUCCUGGAGUGCACCGUUCCAGGAAGGACAGUCUGCUCUUGUCCAGUGGGGCACAGCUCUGCUACAAAGCACCUUUUAUGUCACCAUGGCGGCGUGGCAUGUCCUAGAGGCUUUUGUCGUACCGCCACCCGGCAAACCAGAUCUAUGGGUUGUCGCCAACGUCGGCGUAGGCGCGGCAGGUUUCUCCAUCUGCUACCUUUGGUGUUUUUGGAGGUUAUUACGGGAAACUGACCUCUUACCAAGUGGCGGCAAGGUCAAAGCAAAAACACAGUGA